UUGUAUAAUAAGAGAUACAGGAAAUCAGAGGAGACUGAAUCAUGAUCAGUGCUGCAAAACAAAGACUUGUAAUGGAGAAAAUGAGCUGCAAGGUUUGUGUUACAGGAGGCUCAGGCUACAUUGGCUCUUACCUGGUCAAGAAGCUUUUGCAGAAGGGCUACACAGUCCAUACAACGCUCAGGAACAUGGAGGAUCAUGCCAAGGUGGGACUCCUCCAGAGCUUCCCUAACGCGGAGACGAGGCUGAAGCUGUUUCAGGCCGAUAUUUACAAUCCUGAUGAGUUCGAGGAGGCCAUCAAAGGGUGUGAAUUCGUAUUCCAUGUGGCCACCCCCCUGCAUCACAGUGAGGGCUUUCAGUAUAAGAACACCACUGAAGCUGCAAUUGCUGGGGCAAAGAGCAUUGCCAUGUCUUGCAUUAAAUCAGGAUCAGUGAGGCGACUCAUCUACACUGCCACCGUCAUGGCUGCAUCCCCCUUGACAGAUGACGGGUCUAGUUUCAAGGACUCCAUGGAUGAAUCUUGUUGGACCCCUCCGAACCUUUCACUUCCUUAUACUAAUUCUUUUGUCGAGGACUACACAGAUUCUAAGACACUGGCUGAGAAAGAAAUCUUGAGCUUUGGCAACAACAGUAAUGGUGGGUUGGAGGUGGUGACGCUAGCUUGUGGGCUUGUCGGUGGGGACACUCUUCUGUCUUACACGCCUGCCAGCGUAGCUGUACUUAUAGCUCAGCUCACAGACAACCCAUACCACUAUCAAUUACUCAGGUUCUUGGAGGAGUCGCUGGGAAAGAUUCCAAUCAUACACAUAGAUGAUGUCUGUGAAGCCCAUAUCUUCUGUAUGGAGAAACCUUCAAUCCAUGGCAGAUUCUUAUGCACAAACUCCUAUAUUUCUUCAGCAGAAAUCACCGACUACUAUCAAAAGAAUCACCCUCAAUUUGAUAUCAAACCAGAAUAUUUGAAUGGGCCAAAGAGAAAGAUUAAGUGGGGAUCAACUAAGCUAAUUGAGGAAGGGUUUGAGUACAAAUAUGAUACCAGUAUGAUACUGGAUGAUAGUAUCAAGUGUGGAAGGAAGAUGGGUGAUCUUCAAUAGUGACAUUUGAAAUAUUUCAAAACAUCCAAUGACAUUGGAAAUAUCAAUAAUCAUGAUGUGGGAAUGGAUAGUUCAAGAACUCCUCACCUA